UGCAACUGGUAAAACACAUUAUUUUGCAUGAACGGUUCCUCAAAAAUAUCCCUAAAGACUUUCCCAAUACAUUGUUCUAACACCCAACCAAACGUUUAGUAACUGGAGAACAGAAACUAACUUCGACUUUCUUUGAAAACUUCAACUUUGUCCUUUCUUUCUACAUUAAUUAUGGUUUGGACUUAUAUUAGUCGAGGUCUUUAUUGUCAAGAUCUUUAUUGAUCGAAGUUUAUAGAAUUCCCUGAUUCGAAGGCUAUAUGUCCAAAGCCACCCAUUUGAGAGAGCUGCAGAGAAUAUCUUUGCAUGGUGGUUACUUGCACAAGCACAACUUCUUGCCCAACUCUCAAACAAAAUGUACCCAGAUUUCUCAAGUGAGAAGUCCAAGAUGCCACUUCCUUAUUCUUUUGAUUCAAUUUGUCUCCAUUAUUAGCAACCAGUACAUAAUACCAAUAAUAGGUGAAGAUGAAACUGGUGUAGUAAGAGUGGAUGUGGGCACAAUUCUUGAUCUGGAAACAGAUGUAGCAAAAGUAAUGCACACAUGUAUCUUAAUAGCACUUGAAGAUUACCAUGCCGCUGCUAGUCGCAGUGCCGUUAGGAUAGUCCACCAUUUGAGGGAUUCCAAGAUGAUGUUGAAGCAGCAUCCUCUGGUAAAUUCAGCUGCAUAUAUAUUAGCUCAUUGAUUUACUUCUGUUAAACUAGAAUAUCUUACUCUCGUUUCUUCAUGAGUCAGAUAUACUCUAGUAGCUAGUUAUUCAUGCCUUAUUUGCACAAGAUGUCCUCUUUUUUUUUUUUUUCAAAAUUUUCUUUUGUUUCCCUUUGGUUUUCCUAUUGGGAUACUUGCAUAAAUAUACCCUCGGCCAUAUAGUUUACCAAACAAGGCCGA